GGCUAUUCAAGGCACAUGGUGAAGUACAAAAACUUUGGCUGGCAGGGUCUUGUUGAUGAGAUUGCCAUGGAGCUCAACAGGAUAGCCCACCGGAACCUCGGCAGGGAUGAUCGCAUAGUGUCCGACCAUGGGCGGGAAGCCAGGUUUCCAUUCCUGGAUAGAGAUGUUGUCAAUUUUCUGAACCGGGUACCAAUUUGGAUGAAAGUGAACCCCCACCUGCCCAGAGGGAUCGGAGACAAAAUGCUGCUGCGCACACUAGCCGCAAGCCUAGGCCUCAGCGAGGCUGCCAGUCGACCGAAACGGGCCAUGCAGUUUGGCUCACGUGUUGUGCAUGCCGAAGAAGACCGGGCCAAAGGUGGAGACAUCUGCAAGAAACUCAUGGACAUCGAUUUAGGAUCUGUUCCUGACAGCGAGCGAGCUUACUGGAAAGCAUGAGCACCUACUGGAGACUGCAACUAACAUCUGGAGUUCAAGGCGGGCACCCACUGCGAUAUCUGGCAGACCUGGGUCUUCAGCAUUGACCGAUGUUGAGGAGUAUCCGCUACUGUAAAUUAUAAAUAUGAUUGUCAUAGUGACUUGC